UGUUCCACCACUCCGCCCCCAUUCAGGGGGGGCACAGACAGAAUAUCAGCUCGCCUCCCUCGCCUCCGCCCUAUAAUAAUCCCGUCGUCCCCUUCUCGUCAUCUCCGUCCCCAUCUCGAUCUCGCCACCACUCCCCUCCCACCCUCUCCGCCUCCGGAUCCCGCACCCCCGCCAUGACGGUCUCCACCAACGGCGCCUCGCCCCCCGCGCCGGCGCUCAAGUUCCUCAUCUACGGCCGCACGGGCUGGAUCGGGGGCCUGCUGGGCAAGCUCUGCGCCGCGCAGGGCAUCGCCUACGCGUACGGCGCGGGGCGGCUCGAGCACCGCGCCCAGCUCGAGGCCGACCUCGACGAGGUCAAGCCCACCCACGUCUUCAACGCCGCGGGCGUCACCGGCCGCCCCAACGUCGACUGGUGCGAGACGCACAAGGUCGAGACCAUCCGCGCCAACGUCUGCGGCACGCUCACGCUCGCCGACGUCUGCCGCGCCCGGGGCCUCGUCCUCAUCAACUACGCCACGGGCUGCAUCUUCGAGUACGACGCGGGCCACCCGCUCGGCUCCGGGGUCGGGUUCAAGGAGGAGGACACCCCCAACUUCGUCGGGUCAUUCUACUCCAAGACCAAGGCCAUGGUCGAGGAGCUGCUCAAGAACUACGAAAAUGUGUGCACCCUUCGUGUAAGGAUGCCCAUUUCAUCUGAUCUGACCAAUCCUCGCAACUUCAUCACAAAAAUCACCCGUUAUGACAAGGUUGUGGAUAUCCCAAAUUCAAUGACAAUCUUGGAUGAACUUCUUCCCAUCUCAAUCGAAAUGGCAAAGAGAAACCUCACUGGAAUCUGGAACUUCACAAACCCUGGUGUGGUGAGCCACAAUGAGAUAUUGGAGAUGUACAGAGACUACAUCGACCCAAGCUUCUCUUGGAAGAACUUCAACUUGGAGGAGCAAGCCAAGGUAAUAGUAGCACCGAGGAGCAACAAUGAGCUCGACACGGUUAAGUUGAAGACUGAGUUCCCAGAACUUCUGUCAAUCAAGGAGUCGCUGAUCAAAAAUGUUUUCAAACCGAAUCAGAAGACGUCCAAGGCUUGAUAAAUGGAACAGUCUGCACACAGCCCCAUGUUGAUGUUAUUUAUUCAACAUACAUUUAUAUUGCUCUCCGGGCCAAUCCAAUAAGCAUGCAUGGUGUUCUAUUCUGUACCUGUUGUGUGCAUUGUUGCUGCAGAAGAUAGUUUCUCGUAGGAAUUCACACCCCCUGUUAUUAUCAGAUUAUUACACAGAACACCACAUGGUGUUACUACUGUAUCCUAUGAAUACAAUGGGAAAUGGACUAAAGUGAGGAACACGUUCCUCUGUUGUACUGUAUCUUACAAUUGGAGUAAAUCAUCAUUUAUAAAGUUCAGUAGGAAAUGGCUUUGGACACUA